UGUAGCUCCAGUGCACAACUAAAGAACCAAUAUUUGAGACAAGCAGGAAUUUUGUGUAAAUUGAUUCUCUGUGUGUUAUCGGGGGGCUACGUGCGUUGUAGCAGCAAUAAACAGCCGCGAAGAUCUUCCCAUAAGAAAAUCCCCACACGAGAGUCUAAGAUUUACCGCGGAGCACCUUUUUACCACCUUUGCUCUCGAAGCAAAUAAGAUUUCCGCCUGUGCGUCGCCGGUGCGUCGUCAGUCGGAGAGAGAGAGAGAGAGAGAGGGAGAGAGAGACGCAUGGUGGCAGGUGUAAUCUUCAGUACGGCUCUCACUCUGGGUAACUUUCUGAAGCUGGCUCUCUGCUCGGGCUUCCUCUGUGGCUGGUAGUGGAAGAGCACAGCGCUGUUUUCACAUGUUCCGAUGCCGGAGCUAAAGGAAACACAUCCAUCCGGCUCUGGAGCGCGUGACCGUUUGCGGAAUGCGUGAAUCCUCCAACACUUUUGAUCUGCGUGCUUUUCAAGCCAGCAUGGUUGACAGCAGACAGCUGUGAGUGAAGAUGAGGAGGGCCUUGUGGCUGGUGAGGUGGUUGGGGAUUGGGAUUGUCUUGCUCAUGCCCCUUCCUUACAUCAGGGCUCAGGGAGCAGAAGACUGGCAUUAUGAUGAGUGUAAGUUGUAUCGAGCUGGACCCCCUGCCACCAUUGUCACCAUUGAUGAAGAGAGUCCAAAUGGUACAGUUCUGGUGGAGAACAUGCAGAUCAACGGUCGAGCACAGGACCCGGGUCGGACCAUAUCUCUUACUUUACUGGGGAACUAUGACUACUGGGUUAUACUGGACCCUAUUCUCCAGAGACUCUACCUCAACAGCACUGGAAGAGUACUGGACCGAGAUCCCCCCAGAUACAUCACCACUAUAGUGGUUCAGGUUCAGUGCACUAAUCAGCUGGUGGGCACUGUUAUUCUGCAUGAGGUGCGCAUUGUGGUACGCGACAGGAACGACAACAUACCGCAGUUCCAGCAGCCACGCUAUUACGUGGCAGUCAAUGAGCUCACUCCCGUCGGCACCACCAUCUUCACUGGUUUCUCAGGAAACAACGGAGCCACUGACAUUGAUGAUGGACCAAACGGCCAAAUUGAGUAUGGCAUCCAGUACAACCCCAAUGACCCGGUGUCAAACAGGACUGUUCAGGUGGCUAGCACACUGUCUGGUAACAUCGUCCUUGCUGAGAGACUGAACUAUGAAGAAAGGACACGCUACCUAAUCAUAGUCCAGGCCAAUGAUCGUGCUCCAUAUCCAGCCAGCCGGCACACAGCUACUACAACACUGACUCUAGAUGUAUUAGACGGAGAUGACCUGGGUCCCAUGUUCCUGCCCUGUGUUCUGGUCAAUAACACCCGAGACUGCAGCCCUGUCACAUACCGUGCCGUCAUUCCUGAACUCAUAGACCCGAGCAAACUGAAUCCCCUAAACGUGUCACCACCAAUCCGAGCGGUGGACCAGGACAGGAACAUUCAGCCUCCAUCAGACAGACCUGGCAUUCUCUACUUUAUUCUGGUUGGCCAGCCAGCAGUCUACCCAGAGUUCUUUUCUUUGAACAGGACCACAGCAGAGCUCCGCCUUCUAAAGCCAGUUAGGAGGGACAUGUAUCAAAGCUUCAACCUUGUCAUCAAGGCCGAGCAGGAUAACGGUCACCCUCUGCCUGCGUUUGCUGAUCUGCGGAUAGAGGUGUUGGAUGAAAACAACCAAGCACCCUACUUCCAGCAGCCAUCCUACCAGGGCUUCAUCAGCGAAUCGGCCCCUGUGGGUGGCACCGUGUCAGGCAGAGCCAACCUCACAGCACCACUGGCCAUCAUCGCCCUUGAUAACGACAUAGAGGAGAGUAAAGACCCACAGGUGAAGAUAACGCUGAGUGACUACAACACUGUCUUCUCCAUCACCCCUACCGGAAUCACACGUUACCUUCUGCUGCUCAGACCAGUGGACAGAGAGGCACAGACGAACUUCACCUUCACGAUGGUGGCCUCUGAUGGUGUACAGCAGAGCAUGCCUGUAAGGGUGAACAUCCUGGUUAUCGAUGCUAACGACAACACACCCACCUUCUCUCAGGUCUCCUACAACAUAGAGGUGUUCACUAACAUGCAGCCUGGAGAAACUGUAAUACUGUUAACUGCUCAGGAUGCUGAUGAGGGUCUGAAUGGUCUGGUGACCUACACCAUCUUGGCAGGAGAUCAGGGAGAUUUUGUCAUCAGUAACCGUACAGGUCGAAUCACCAUAGCUCCGGGAGUGAAUCUGAGCGUGGGCCGCUCUUACGCUCUAACUGUCAGGGCAGCUGAUAACGCACCUGAGGCUGAGAGGAGGAGUUCCAUAACUACGGUUUAUAUUGAGGUUCUACCUCCUAAUAACCAGAGUCCCCCACGCUUUCCAUUGACAACCUACAACCUAGAGAUCAGUGAAGCCAUGAGGAUUGGAGCCAUCCUUCUCAAUCUGCAGGCGAUAGACCGUGAGCUAGAUCCAAUUACAUACCGUAUUCUGAGUGGUGAUCCACAGCAAAUGUUCAACCUUUCUCAAACUAUAGGCCUACUGAUCUUAGCAAAGGCACUGGACAGAGAGACCAUUGACCAGUACCGGCUCAUCGUGACAGCCACCGAUGGACAACCUGGAGGGACGUCCACUGCUACUGUCAAUGUUGUGGUCACAGAUGUCAAUGACAAUGACCCAACCUUUGACCUCACCUUGCCUAGGAAUUUGACUGUACAGGAAGAGAGGGCCAAUUUGUCUGUGGGUCAAGUUCGGGCCACAGAUCCAGAUGCUGGACCGAAUGGUCAGGUGCGAUAUCGGCUCCUCACCUACGCAUCUCUCUUCAGCAUUAACACUAACGGCAGCAUAUUCACAGCUGUGCCUCUGGAUCGGGAAACUCAGAGUCAGUAUGAGGUGGUGGUGGAGGCUUCAGAUGGGGCAGUGGAUCCUCGACGCACAGUCCUCACACUGAUGGUGCGAGUGUCAGACAUCAAUGAUAACAGCCCUGUCUUUUCCCAGCCAUUUUACGUUGUCAAUGUACCUGAAAACACUCCAGCCGGAACCAUCAUACUGCGCCUUAAUGCUACAGAUGCAGAUCUUUUCUCUAAUAUAACAUAUCGGAUAAGGACAGAGGCAGCUCGGCAGCUUUUUGCAGUGGACAGGAUCACUGGAGCUCUGUCAGUGCUGCAGUCUCUGGACUUUGAGGCUUUGGGCCGAGAUGGUGCUAACUACACCUUCCAGGUAGAGGCGCUGGAUUAUGAAGGUGUCCUGCCCCCUGGAAUCGCUACAGUUACAGUGAGGAUUACGGAUAUGAAUGAUUAUACUCCGGUCUUCACUCGGCCUCUGUAUAAAGGCAUGGUGGCUCCUAAUGCUGAGAAGGGAACGUUAAUCACAACAGUGCUUGCAACUGAUCAAGACCCUCCUGGGACACCAGCCAGCAGGGUGCAGUACAGAGUGGACCAGGAACAGUCUCCCUACAGCGGUAGCAUCUUUGAUGUAGAGGAGACCUCAGGCAGAGUCGUCACUAAAGUGAACCUAAAUGAGGAGCCCAGCACUACCUUUAAACUGAUAGUGAUUGCUUUUGACGAGGGUGAGCCAGUGAAGAUGAAUACAACGCUAGUGGAGAUCACCGUCCUGCAGCCCUCCAGAAUACCCAUCUUUACAGAGGAGGAGUACUGGUUCAGCCCAGUGAGUGAGAACGCUCCGAUCGGCCAGGCUGUAGGAAUGGUUCUUGCAGCAGCUGCAAACACCACCGUGUUCUACUCCAUCGUGGGAGGCAAUCAGGGGGGUGAGUUUAGAGUGGAUAACCGCACUGGAAUGAUAUACACCGCAAAGCUGCUAGACUAUGAGACACGCAUCAGCUAUGAGCUCCGUCUGCAGGCCGACUCUCUGGCCCUUGUUCUGGCCAACCUGCGUGUGCCAUCCAAAACUAACACAGCCAAGGUGUUUAUCAACGUGCAGGAUGAGAACGAUCAUCCUCCAGUGUUCACAGAGUCCCUGUACAUCGGCGGAGUAACUGAGGACACUAAGACCUUCACGUCAGUCCUGAAGGUUAUCGCUACAGACAUAGACACGGGGAACUACAGUAAGAUGGCGUACAGGCUGAUCAUCCCCCCUACUCCAGAGGGUCAGGACAGCUUUGUCAUCGAGCAAUACACUGGCAUCAUCAAAAGUGCCAUCAUGUAUCGCAACAUGCGCCGCUCUUACUUCAAAUUUGAGGUCAUUGCCACUGAUGACUAUGGAAAGGGUCUGAGCAGCAGUGCUGAGGUGGUGGUGUCUGUGGUGAAUGCAUUGGACAUGCAGGUAGUGGUGUCCAAUGUGCCGCCUACCGUAGUGGAAGAGAACAAAGAGCAACUUGUCAGGAUUCUCGAGCGCUAUGUGCAGGACCAAAUCCCUGGAGCGAAAGUGAUAGUGGAAUCCAUCGGACCACGGCGGCAUGGGGAAGGGUAUUCAUUAGAGGACUACAGCAAAUCAGACCUGCAGGUGUAUGCCAUCGACCCUCUCACAAACAGGGCCAUAUCUAGACAAGAACUCUUCAAGUUUCUGGAUGGUAAGAUUCUAGACAUUAAUAAAGAGUUCCAGCCAUAUCUGGGUGAAGGUGGGAGGAUUUUGGAAAUCCGCUCACCAGACAUUGUGGCUACGGUGAAGAAAGCUGCCCAGGCUGUGGGCUACACAGAGGGGGCGCUACUUGCCCUCGCCAUCAUCAUCAUCCUCUGCUGCAUCCCUGCGAUCCUCAUCAUCAUGGUCACCUACAAACAAUUCAAAGAGAAACAGGCCGAGUGUGCCAAAACUGCCCGCAUCCAGAGAUCACUUGCCGCUUCAAAAUCUGCUGCUGCUCCAGCUCCGGUUUCAGCUCCAGCUUCAGCUCCAUCCAAUCUCUACGAGGAGCUUGGGGAUGGCAAAAUGCGUGGAUAUGGCAGAGAGCAACAGCAGCUGCUGAGGCCAUCUUUGCUCAGGCCGGAGGCACUCUCUAUGGAAUCGGGUAUUGACCCCGGGCAAGACUACUAUGCACAAGACUAUUACAGCUAUGAUCAAGGGUAUGAUCCAUAUCCUCCUUAUGGCAGCCGCAGGAGGUUGAUAUCUCCCAUGUAUGAUGAGUACGGAGAGGCCAUAAUGGACGAUGAUGGCUACUACUACAGUGCCUAUGGCCCAGAGGGUCGGGGCAGAGGCAGAGGUGGGCGGGGACGUGGGCAUGGUAGGCAGGUGGAAUUCCAGGAUAUAACUCCAGAGGAGGAGAUUGAAUCAGCAGAGCCAGAAGUUCCUUCUGAAGUUUCUGAAGAAAAAGUAGAGCCUGAAACAGAGGAGUCCAAGGCUGCAAAGAGACUGAAAUCUGUCAUUAAACUCAGCAAGCUGCUUGCUGUCGGGAAGAAAGUCGAACCAACUCGCGUAUCACCUUGGAAGAAGGCCAGAAUCUUCCCAAUGCUAUUUAGAAAGGGCAAGAAGGACAAAGACUAUGCCAAGCUGACAUCUGCACGCCGUAUUGACAGUCAGGAGAGUAUAACAGAGGCACCAGUGUCCAUCAGUGUCAGUGAGCCUGAACCAAGUGGAUCCGAAGCAUCAGAGAGGAGUAGCGUGGUUACUCAAGAUAAGGACUACCUAAAAGUGGAUCUGGAUAGGGAAGAUGCCACUGAGAGCACUGUUGACUCAGAGUCAGAGGCAGAGGAACCAGAGGAAUCUGAGGAAGAAAGCAAAUCAAAGUCGGAAAAGGGGACUGAGAAGGAAUCAGGAUCAGAAGAGGAAUCAGCUACAGAGAAGGAGGAAGAAUCAAGUGUAGAGAGAACCUCUGCAACUGAGAAAGAUUCUGAGGAGGAAUCUGAGGAGGAUGAAGAUAAAAGUGUGGCAUCUAAAGAGCCUGAAUCUGGAUCAGAGGUGUCAUCAUCUCGCACUCAAGCCAGUAGAGGAUCUUCAGUGAGAUCCAGUUCAGGAAGCAUGCUCAGUGGCUCAGGUUCCCAAGUGUCGUCAACUCGUUCCUCUGUGAGAUCUCGAAGCUCUUCAGGUGGAGGGUCUGAGGAAGUGUCUGAGGAAGAUGUUAGUGGAUCUGCAGCAUCGGAAGAUGCAGGAUCAGACCGCGCCUCACUCAGUGGCAGUGAGAGAGGUUCCACCACCUCCAGAUCUGCAGCAGGAAGCCGUUCACACAAAUCCACCAUCACACGUACCUCACAAGACACCAUUGAGGAAGAGAGUGAGGAAGAGCUGGAGGAAACAGAGGAGGAAGAGGAGGAGGAAGAAGUGGAAGAGGAGGGGGACAAAGAUGUGGUGGAGGAAACAGAGGAGGAAGAGGAGGAGGAGGAGGAAGAGGAGGAGGAGGAGGGAGAAGAAACUACAGAAGAGAGCAAAAAGUCCUCAGGUGAGAUGAGUGAUGAAGUAGCAUCACAGACAUCAGGAUCUGAAGGCAGUGCAACCAGGAGCUCAGAAGAGGCAUUAGGAGGACUCUCAUCAAUCGCUGAGGAGGAUGAAGAUGCCAUAACAUCUGACAAUGCCUCAGCAUCAGAGACUGAAGAAACUGAAGAAAAUACUGAUGCAGAAACAGUAUCAGGAAGUUCCACUGCUUUCUAAGGAGCAAAAUAAAGAGCUAAUAUAUAUUGAAAGAGCUGUCAGAAAGAAGCAGAUGAAGUUAAUUGUGGAGAAAGAGGGUGAGUCAACGACUACAGGAGAGGACAGUGGUCCAGACAUCCAGCGGAACCGUCUGCCUAAUGUUAACUGUCAAAGCAAUGUCAAUGGUUCAG